AUGGACGCCGAGAUCCCGUCCAUCGCCGUCUUUACCUCCUCGCGAGCCGUCAUCGGCGGCCGUCUGACCUCCGCCACCAUUGUUGUCUCGCGCACCACUGGCAAGGUCACCGCCGUCUUUGACUCGGUGAUCCCCGCCUCCGACUUCCCUGAUGGCACUCCCUACACGGACUUCUCCCCGUAUGUCCUGCUCCCCGGCCUGGUAGACGCUCAUGUCCACCUCAAUGAGCCCGGCCGCACCGAAUGGGAGGGCUUCUAUACCGGCACCCAGGCCGCAGCCUUUGGCGGUGUCACCACCGUUAUCGACAUGCCCCUCAAUGCCAUUCCUCCCACGACAACCGUAGAGAACCUCAAGACCAAGCUCAAGGCUGCCGAGGGCAAGUGCUGGGUUGAUGUCGGCUUCUAUGGCGGCAUCAUCCCCGGCAAUGAGGGCGAGCUCAAGGCCCUAGUCCGCGAGGGCGUUUGCGGCUUUAAAGGAUUCCUUAUCGACAGCGGGGUUGACGAAUUCCCCGCCGUCUCCUCGGAAGACGUCCGCAAGGCCAUGAUCGAACUGGCCGAUGAGCCCACCACUCUCAUGUUCCACGCCGAGAUGGUGCCUCACAAGUCAUCAUCUGAGCUUCCCGAUGUUAUGCCCGAGGGCAACCCGGAGGCAUACUCAACCUUCCUGGCCUCGCGCCCCUCAGACUAUGAGACCUGCGCCAUAGAGGAGAUCCUCUCCCUAUCUCACCUAGCCCCUAAGCUCCCUCUGCACAUCGUCCACCUCUCCGCCAUGGAAGCCAUCCCUCUCCUGCGCAAGGCCCGCGCGGAGGGCAUCCCCAUCACAGCCGAAACCUGCUACCACUACCUCUCCCUGGCCGCCGAGGAGAUCCGCGACGGCGACACCCGCCACAAGUGCUGCCCGCCCAUCCGCUCCAAGUCCAACCAGGAUGCCCUCUGGGCCGAACUCGACCGCCACGCCGACGACGGCGUCAUCAAGACCAUCGUCUCCGACCACUCCCCCUGCACGCCAAACCUCAAGCUUCUACCCUCCCACAUCCCUGGCCACUGCAGCCCCAGCUCUUCAUCCGACCCCGCGACUCCCGUCGUCAACGAGGGCAGCUUCCUCUCCGCCUGGGGCGGUAUCUCUUCCGUCGGCCUAGGCCUCCCCAUCCUUUGGACUGAAGUCUCCCGCCGUAAGGGCCUUACUUCAUCACCAGACGACACAACGACCAAGCAAGCCCUCCAGGACAUCGUGCGCCUCUGCUGCGCAAACACCGCUGCCCAGGUUGGCCUUGACAAGUCUAAGGGUGAUCUCGUUCCCGGGUUCGACGCGGAUUUCUGUGUCUUCGACGACACGGCCGAGUGGGUCGUUGAGCCGAGCACCAUGCUCUUCCGUAACAAGUGCUCGCCGUACCAGGGGCGCACUAUGCGCGGCAUGGUCCGGGAGACCUGGCUGCGCGGUGAGAAGAUCUUCAACCGUGCCGAUGGGUUCACCGUCAAGGCGCCCUCCGGAUCGCUGUUGCUGGAGAAGAGGGCCUGA